AUGGAUCCAAGAUUGGUUUUGGUUACUCAAUCGGGUAGCGUUGAUGCUUUAUAUUCUCUUAUUCAGAAAGAUCCAUGCAUUCUUCAAAUCGUUGACGUGUUACCUUUCAUCCACACACCUCUCCAUGAAGCUUCGUCUACUGGGAAGACAGAUUUGGCCAUGGAACUGAUGAUUCUAAAGCCAUCUUUUGCCAAGAAACUAAACGAGGAUGGGUUUAGUCCGUUACAUCUCGCUGUCGAAAACCACCAAGCUGAGUUAGCACUAGAGCUAGUCAAGUUUGAUCCCACUCUUGUUCGUAUUCUUGGAAGAGGAGGUAUGACACCUUUGCAUCUUGUGGCAAAGAAAGGUGACGUCAAUCUUCUUACAGAGUUUCUUCUGGCAUGUCCUGAAAGCAUUAGAGAUGCGAAUGUAAAUGGAGAAACUGCUUUACACAUCGUUGUUAUGAACAAAAAAUACGAAGAGCUCAAAGUUCUCACAGGGUGGAUGCAGAGAAUGCGUGAAAGUGAUGCUUUAUCCACCGAGACUCACGUCUUGAACAAAUGCGACCGAGAAGGCAACACGGCCUUGCACCUAGCGGCAUACGAGAAUAAUCACAAGGCAAUAAAACAGCUGUUAAACUGCAUGUCAUUGAACCGGAACAUCAAGAACAAAAGUGGUAAGACAGCACUUGAUGUCUUACGAGCCAAUGGAUCUCACAUGAACAAAAAUACAGAGAAAAUCAUACAAAAAUCCGGUGGUAAGACCGGGGAAUCUCUAACCAAGGUAAAGACAAUGUCUGUCUUCCUGAGAACGCCGGUCACUUUCAAGGAAUAUUGCUCAACGGGAAUCGCACGUUACAGGAGCAGCAUGUCAGACGGAACACGAAACUCUCUUCUUGUAAUAACAGCUUUGAUAAUCACAGCUACUUAUCAGACCGCAUCACAACCAGAAGAUAAAGAAAAAAGUGACAACAAAGAUGGCAUUGACUUCCUCCUAUCCAAGAUCGUGCUAUUAUGGGGAUUCAACACUACAGCAUUUUUCUUGUCUAUUGCCUUGACGUUUAUACUCUUACCAGUUGGUAAAGCGUAUACUUGGUGGUAUAUAUUCAUCACGGUGCCUCUCGUCUGCUCUUAUGCAAUCUCGGUUUACAUGAAGUAUAAUCUCAAGGGUACAGUGCUCCUUUCCUUCUUCGUUAAUAUCUAUAUGAUGGUUACACUCGGAUUUCUCGUUUAUCUACUUGUGUUCUACGUGAGGUGGAAGCGCAAUACGCAGAAGAAGGUACCAAAACCCAAAACUGAGCUGAUUUCCAAAGGCUUCAAGACUAAUGUUUAG